AUGUCACAUGCACCUGGAUCACUGACCAACUCCACAGCUGAACAGCAGUUGCAGGGUUUAAUGGAAAGAGUGAUGGUUUCUGUUGUGACUACUUUGCCAUGCUGUGUGUUCCUCUUCAUCAAUUUUACCAUGCUGUUCAUCCUGAGGAGUAAAACUGUGUUCUGUGAAACUUCUCGGUACAUUCUUCUGUAUAACCUCCUCUUUGCAGACACUGUUAUGCUGGUACUGAGUCAGUCAAUGUUCUUACUCUCUAACAGUAGAAUGCGGCUGACGUAUCCUGUGUGUGGUGUUCUCAGUAUGCUUGGUGUGCUCACAGAAGAAAUCUCUCCCCUCAAUCUGGUCGUGAUGUCUUUGGAGAGGUACGUGGCUGUGUGCUACCCUCUGAGGCAUGCUUCUGUCGUCACCAUUAGAAACACAGUGGUGGUUAUCCUUGCAUUGUGGGCCAUCAGCUCUCUGAAUGUGCUCACCAGAGUUAUUUGGCUGUUGCAGUAUCCUUUUGAAGACCUGGUGACUCUGCAGAUGACAAAGCUUUGUAGUGCACAUGUCCUGUUCCUCUUAUCGAUGUCUGAUCACUAUGACCGAGCAUACACUUGUUUGGUGUUUGUAUCAGCUGGUGUUGUAGUCAUUUUCUCUUAUAUCAGCGUCAUGGUGGCGGCCAGGUCGGCCACCAGUGACAAAGCUUCAGCUCGUAAGAGCCGUGACACUCUGCUGCUGCAUUUAAUUCAGCUGGGCCUCAGUAUUACUGCAACUAUACAAAAUCCACUUCUCAUGGCGAUCUCAACACUUGUAACAAGGAUAGUCCUUGUUCGUGUUCAGAUCAUUUUUUAUGUGUUUAUUUUCAUCUUCCCCAGAUGUCUGAGUUGUCUUAUUUAUGGCAUCAGAGACCAGAAAAUCAGACCGCUCCUCAUGCACCAUCUUUGCUGUCGACCAAAAACUCAAUCAUGUCAGCCAAGGCUGGGAUCAUUUUAA